AUUGAUAAACUUUGAUCAAGAACAAGAAGUUUCUUACAUACAAAUUAUUCAGUAUACUUUUUGAAUCCACUAUGGGAACUGUUGAGGAAGAACCAUUAAAAACAAGCAAAACGCAAACAAUUGAACUAAAAGAAAAGACAUGGAAGGAGAAAAUCCAAUAUGUGAAGGAGAACAUAACUUUAGAACCAGUUUUAACUUGCUACGUAAUCCCUGGAACCAUUUCAAGGUUGGCAACACAGAAUCUGAACCUAGACAAAGCAUGUAGAGUAAAUAAAAACUUCGGUGAAGAAGUUUGCAAUGCAUUACUGGCUAGACAAGGAAAUAAAUACAUCAAUGAGGAAUUGGAAGUCCAGGAGCUAAUAGCCGCUAUGGAAAGCUGGAAGAACGUUUUACUAACAGCUAUACCGAGUUUUCUAAUACUGUUUUUGGGUGCAUGGAGUGACAGGACCAAGAAGCGGAAAUUAUGUAUUCUCUUACCUAUAUUUGGCGAGUUGUUGGCGUGUGUUAGCAAUAUACUAAAUGCUUACUUUUUUUACGAAUUACCGGUUGAGGUAACGAUGUUUUUUGAAGCACUUUUCCCAGCUAUUACUGGAAGUUGGGCAGCUACGUAUAUGGGCGCGUUUAGUUAUAUUAGUGACAUAUCGAGUGAAGAAUCUAGAACUUUCCGGGUUGGUGUUGCCAACCUUUGCCUCACAGCCGGUGGUCCGAUAGGGGCCGCUCUUAGUGGGAUCUUGUUGGAAAAAAUUGGUUACUAUGGAGUAUUUUCGAUAAGUUCUGUGUUGUAUGGAUGUAGUAUUGCCUACGGUUAUUUUUAUAUCACAGAUCCCGAAGGAAAUAAUGAAAAGGAUAGUGUUCAGAAUGAACCAAAAGGAGUCUGGAAUUCUUUAAAGACAUUUUUCGAUUUGCAACACGUGAAGAACACUUUGGAAGUGGCGUUCAAAAAAGGGCCCAAUCAUAGACGAACCAAAUCUAUACUGGUUCUUCUUAGUAUUGGAUUUAUCUAUGGACCUACUUACGGGGAGUUCACAAUGCGCUAUUUGUUCACCCGCUACCGUUUCAACUGGGACGCCGUCAUGUACAGUUUGUUUAGCACCUGCCACAUCCUGACCCAUGCUCUUGGUGCUUUAAUCUCAAUCAGUGUUUUCAGCCGUCGACUUAAAUGGCACGAUUCUGUACUGGGCUUAAUAUCCACCACCAGUAAGAUCAUCGGUGGAGUCUGCACCGGCUUUGCCAGGAACUCUAUGGAGAUGUACAUUGCUGUAAUAAUUGAGUCAUUCAAUGCAACGUCCUUCACUGCUCUCCGUUCUAUCUCGUCUAAACUUGUCACGAAAGAUGAACUAGGUAAAAUGACCUCACUGUUCAAUUUAAUGGAAAUCCUGACUUCCAUGGUAUUCGGCCCUAUAUACUCCAGUGUAUACAAGUGGACAGUAAAAACUGAUGCCAGCGUCAUGUACUAUAUGAGUACAGUUCUAACAAUACCACCUAUUUUGAUUUUUGUGUGGUUUUUCAUGGAGCACAGAAGUACUGUACGCAAAGAAAAAUCCGGUAAAGCUGAAGAAUCGCAGAAGGAGCUGGAAAAACUAGAAAAAAAUAGCGCUUCAGAAAAUAAAGAUGAAUUUUUUUUUAGUAGCAUUGAAAUUGAUCUACCAGAUUAAGCUGUUUCUAAGCUUUUUAAUAUAAUAAGCAGUUAUUUAAUGUGAACAAUCCCAACAUUGAAUUAAAUAUCCCAUUUAGGGUGAGUUGCACCGUCGAGUUUGACGAUAAUUUUUAACUGGCGGCGCGCCGUUGACGUGUGGACAAAAUGGUGUACUUUGCGUUUUUCUACGCACGUUAAAGUUAACGUCAAAGUUUAAGGUGCAACCCACUCUUAUUGUUUGUAUUACAAAUAUUUGAAAAUAAACAACAAAUGAAUUUAAUUUUCGUACUUGGGAUUGGACGUGAGUACCCUUUCAAUCUGAUUGCCAAUUAACUAGUCUAUUUUUUUUUAAUAAAUAUUUGACUACAUAGUAUGUACUAAAACUGGUACCUAAUAGUUCCAAAUAGUCCGGUUUUAUAAGAAGCUUUCUAAUCCACAACUUUCAAAUACAUGUUUAUAUAUUAUCUUCUCAAAUUAAAGUAAAUUAUUUUAAGCAAUGUUUU